AUGCUGGGGCUAAGUACUCUCUGGUAUCUGUGUUCGGUUUCUGUAAUACCUGAAGCAAUCAUUAAAGCUGUCAAUGGGGAGGUUUUUCCGUUUGUAUGGUGGAAGAAACGAGAAUGGCUGGCUCGCUCCUCAGUCACACAACGACCUAAUCAUGGAGGUUUAGGUGUGGUGGACGUCCAUCGUGAGAUGUUGUCUCUGCAUGUUUUAUGUUUUAUUUUUCGUCACAACUUGCCGUGGACUAGUUUCUUUUCUCAGUAUCUCAAGCGUGCAUUCCCUGGUCGCUCUGUUCACCAAAUUUUGAUUUUGGCGGUACCACCGAAAUAUGCUAUGGACGCUCUCCCUCCGUUUUAUCGAUCUGUGAUGACGGCUUGGUUUGCUCUGGUACGGAAGUUUGUGGACAAUAAAUACGUCAUUUGCGUUCCUCGGAAAUCUGUGGUCACGCUUGAACAGCUCUCGGCAAGUUUCGUCUAUGACACCCUGUCGCACCAACAUCGUAAGCAACAUCGAUGCGUCGAAAAGUAUGCGAAUUGGGGUCUUCCAGUCGAUUGGUCAAAUGUUUGGUUCCUGGCUGAUUGCGCAUUGCAAAUUCCUGGCUGA